AUGAGUGCAGAUGUUGAAAUGCGCAGUGAAGAGUUCGAUACCAAUCAAGAGGAAGUUGAUGAGAGGGCAGAGAAGAAGCAGCAGGUUGAUUGUGCCGGCUGUUUCCACCCAUGCCCCAGGUGCAACUCCAGGAAAUGUGGAGUCAAGUGCCACCAGAAUCUCAAUGAAGUCUUGGUGGAGGACUCAACAGCCUGUUUCUAUAAAGCUUUGGGCCAACUCCAAGAAAUCUGGGACUCAAUCGGGAUUCCAGAGGAUCACAGGCUUCAAUGUGUCCAAAGCCUCCUGGAUAUGAUGAUUGCAGAGGAAAAAAGCCUGAAGGAAAGGCUCCUAAAAAGAAUUGAUUCUUAUCGAAAAGAGCAGGACACUCUGAUCAAAGAGUUAAAAUUGGAACCAUUUCUGGAAAGAAAGGAGACUACCAUCUUGGAGCUAAAGAACGAUCUUCAAACACAGAUAGAAGAAUUGAAAAGACAGAAAGAAGAAAGGAUACAAGAACAGAAACUACUUCAAGAACAAGAGCACAAAUUGUGUCAGAUUCUUUGUGUGCUCCCAUACAGCCUUGACAAUGACUCGGUACUCAGCAUAGAGGAGCUGAACCAGUUCAGAAAUCACCUGGCAGCUCUGGAGGAAACAAAGGCAAGGUGACGGGAAGAAUUUGUUAGCGCAAAGAAGCAGAUCCUACUCUGUAUGGAAGAUCUGGAUCACACUCCAGAAACGGAUUUUGAGAGAGAUGUGGUAUAUAAGGAUGACGAGACUUUUUUUCUGUCACUGGAGAACAUAACAGCCCUAAAGAAUCUGCUUUCACAGCUAGAAAAGGAAAAAGCUGAGAAUGAAGUUGUGUGUAAAGGGCUACACUGUCGAAUCAGGGAACUUUGGCUCUGGUUACAAAUACCUACCCGGGAGAGAGAAGCUCUGGCCAUGUCCAUCACUGGGCCAAAGGCCAUGAUCAGAAAAGUGCUACAGUUAGAAGUGGAUCGGUUGGAGGAUUUGAGGAUUCAGAACUUGAAGAAAAUGAUUGAAGCAAUCAGGGUGGAGCUGGCACUAUAUUGAAAAUGUUUUUACAGCCAACAGCAAAAAGAAGCCUUUACACAUUACUAUAACGAGAACUACACAGAGAUCUUGCUAAGGCUCCAUGAUGAAGAAAUUGUGAAGGUGAAACAAUAUUAUGAGCUGCACAAAGAACUAUUUGAAGGCAUUCAGAAGUGGGAAAAGAACUGGAGGCUUUUCUUGGAAUUUGAGAGAAAAGCUUCAGAUCCAAGCCGAUUUAGGAACCGUGGUGGAAAUCUCUUAAAAGAAGAAAAGCAUGGAGCCAAGCUACAAAAAACACUCUUUAAGAGCACUUUGGAGUGCUCUUCAUGUUUUACACGAAAGGUCCUUCAUUUCAAAAUCGAGCUUUGAUAAAAGCAGAAUAAGGAAAACAACACACACUGAUUACAACAACA